AGCGAUGUCGGCGGAAGAGAAAGACAUUCCCCAGAACACACAGGAUCUCACUGUUUUCGUACAGAACCUCCUUCAGCAGAUGCAACAGAAAUUCCAAGACAUGUCUGAUGCCAUCAUUUCAAGAAUUGACGACAUGGGAUCUCGCAUCGACGACCUGGAGAAGUCCAUCGGGGAGUUGAUGGCUCAGGCGGGGAUCGAGGAAUCUCAGGCAAGCAUCACCGAUGCGGAUGCAGAAGCAGGAUCGUAGGAUUCGGGAGCGUUCUCAUCGUCCUGUUCUCAUCCAACUAUUUUCCAUGGAACCUUUUUCUCACGGAUCUGCCAGUAGCGGCUCAGGCACAAAAGUCAAGAACUCAACGUCUGUGAGACUUCCUUGCUCGGAGAUCUGAACUAUCCCAGCAGUUCCUCGGUGUGUAGCUGUGCUAGAUAUGGAAUAAAUGCCAGGAGAUACCCCGG